UCUGCUGACAAGCCCCUCCAUAAAGUGCAGACAUGGCCUCUGCAGACUCGGAGAUGGCUGUCUUUGGGGAGGCAGCUCCUUACCUGCGAAAGUCAGAAAAGGAGAGAAUCGAGGCCCAGAACAAGCCUUUCGAUGCCAAGUCAUCAGUCUUUGUGGUGCAUCCUAAGGAAUCCUUUGUGAAAGGAACAAUUCAGAGCAGGGAAUCAGGGAAGGUCACUGUCAAGACUGAAGGUGGAGAGACCCUGACCGUGAAGGAAGAUCAAAUCUUCUCCAUGAACCCUCCCAAGUACGAUAAAAUCGAGGACAUGGCCAUGAUGACCCACCUCCACGAACCCGCUGUGCUGUACAACCUCAAAGAGCGUUAUGCAGCCUGGAUGAUCUACACCUACUCGGGUCUCUUCUGUGUCACUGUCAACCCCUACAAGUGGCUGCCGGUGUACAACCCAGAGGUGGUGUUGGCCUACCGAGGCAAGAAGCGCCAGGAGGCCCCUCCACACAUCUUCUCCAUCUCUGACAACGCCUAUCAGUUCAUGCUGACUGAUCGCGAGAACCAGUCGAUCCUGAUCACUGGAGAAUCCGGUGCAGGGAAGACUGUGAACACAAAGCGUGUCAUCCAGUACUUUGCAACAAUUGCAGCCAGUGGGGAGAAGAAGAAGGAGGAGCAGCAGUCAGGCAAAAUGCAGGGAACGCUUGAGGAUCAAAUCAUCAGCGCCAACCCACUGCUGGAGGCUUUUGGAAAUGCCAAGACCGUGAGGAACGACAACUCCUCACGCUUUGGCAAAUUCAUCAGAAUUCACUUCGGUGCCACAGGAAAACUAGCUUCUGCUGAUAUUGAAACAUAUCUGCUGGAGAAGUCCAGAGUCACUUUCCAGCUCAAGGCAGAAAGAAGCUACCACAUAUUUUAUCAGAUCAUGUCCAACAAGAAGCCAGAGCUAAUAGACAUGCUCCUCAUCACCACCAACCCAUAUGACUAUCACUUUGUGAGUCAAGGUGAGAUCACUGUUGCCAGCAUUAAUGACCAGGAGGAGCUGAUGGCUACAGAUAGUGCCAUUGACAUCCUGGGCUUCACUGCUGAUGAGAAAACAGCCAUUUACAAGCUGACAGGGGCUGUCAUGCACUAUGGGAACCUGAAGUUCAAACAGAAACAACGAGAGGAGCAGGCAGAGCCCGAUGGCACAGAAGUUGCUGACAAAGCUGCCUACUUGAUGGGUCUGAACUCAGCUGACCUGCUCAAAGCCCUCUGCUACCCCCGAGUCAAGGUUGGGAAUGAAUAUGUGACCAAAGGUCAAACUGUGCAGCAGGUGAACAAUUCAGUGGGUGCUCUUGCAAAGGCUGUCUAUGAGAAGAUGUUUUUGUGGAUGGUUGUUCGUAUCAACCAACAGCUGGAUACCAAGCAGCCCAGACAGUACUUCAUUGGUGUCCUGGACAUUGCUGGCUUUGAGAUCUUUGAUUUUAACAGCCUGGAGCAGCUGUGCAUCAACUUCACCAAUGAGAAACUGCAACAGUUCUUCAACCACCACAUGUUUGUGCUGGAGCAAGAGGAAUACAAAAAGGAAGGAAUUGAAUGGACAUUCAUUGACUUUGGGAUGGACCUGGCUGCCUGCAUUGAGCUCAUUGAAAAGCCCAUGGGCAUCUUCUCCAUCCUGGAAGAGGAGUGCAUGUUCCCCAAGGCAACUGACACCUCUUUCAAGAACAAGCUCUAUGACCAGCAUCUGGGCAAGUCCAACAACUUCCAGAAGCCCAAGCCUGCCAAAGGCAAGGCUGAGGCCCACUUCUCCCUGGUGCACUAUGCUGGCACGGUGGACUACAAUAUCACUGGCUGGUUGGAGAAGAACAAGGACCCCCUGAAUGAAACUGUCAUUGGAUUGUAUCAGAAAUCAUCUGUGAAGACACUGGCUUUACUUUUUGCCUCCUAUGGUGGAGCAGAAAUGGAGGCUAGUGGUGGUGGUGCUGGUGGUGGAAAGAAGGGUGGCAAGAAAAAAGGUUCUUCUUUCCAGACUGUCUCAGCUCUUUUCCGGGAGAACUUAAACAAGCUGAUGACCAAUCUACGUAGCCCUCACCCACAUUUUGUCCGUUGCAUCAUCCCAAAUGAAACAAAAACACCUGGUGCCAUGGAGCAUGAACUGGUACUUCACCAGCUGCGGUGUAACGGCGUGCUGGAAGGCAUCCGAAUUUGCAGGAAAGGUUUCCCCAGCAGAGUUCUCUAUGCUGACUUCAAACAGAGAUACAAGGUGCUAAAU